AUGUCCGUGUCCGUUAAUGGCGUAGCGCCGCUGCAAGUGCGCCUCGCUGACGCCACUGACGGAGAUGCAGACGACGGCGCAGGCGGACUGUUAACCGCGGACUUUCUGGCGGGGGCAAUGGCGGCGGAAGGGGGGAGGGGGAUUUCCGCCGACUGGACGCCCGUGGAGCGGGGCGGAGGGAGUGGAGGAGGCGCUGAUCCGCGGCGGCUUCUGGCGGAGAAAUGGUCGGAGAAAGUCGUUGGCGCGGGUAGCAGUGCGGCGAUAGCUGUGGGCGGAGCCGCGCCAGCCGUUGUUCCGCCUGCUUCAGCAACUGUUGCAACGACUUCCGCCUCCGCCUCUGCUUCCGCUUCGGCUUCCGCUUCCGCUUCCCCCGCCGUUCCCGCCGCCGCCGCUGACGCUGCCCCCGCCGGGUCUGUAGCAGCGAGCGGAACAGCAGGAGGCGGCGGGGUGGUGGAGCCGGGUCGCAGGGAGAAGGUCAGGGGGCAGGGGGGAACCCGGGGGGGUGAUGACGUGGCGGGCCGACGGAUCACAGCUAGUGACUUCAGCGAGACGCGUAUAUCGAGCGAGGCGCUAACGGCAGGUUCACUAGAACUAGUCUGCGACGGCACUGGCGGGGCAAGCCGAGGGGCAGGAGAAGCAGGAGGGGCAGGAGGGGCGGAGAGAGAGUCUCGUGAAGGGUGUCAAGUGCAGGGUAGGGGGAACGGAAGGGCUCAGCGAGGGGGGUGUGCUGGAUCUGCGCCCCCGGCUUCUCCGCAGCAGCUGCAGGCGUCGUUACGGGAGGCUCUCGCGCGCAUAUCAAGUCGGACUCAAAUGGCGACAGUGCGGCGGGACUUCCCUCGGGUGUCUAUCGCGGUACCUCUGUCGUUCGCUGCGUGA